GGGCGGGACUCGGACCCUGCUCGGUCCACGCGAGGCUGCGCGGAAGUUGGCCGGGAGGACUGGCCCGGGGAGCCCCCGUGCCGGGCAGGGGUGCGGGCCGGGGGCCGUCCAUGGCGGUGCGCCCCGAGGCUGGGCGGACUGGGUGGGGGUGGCUACGAGCUGCGGCCGCCGCGGCGGAGCGCGUCCCCAGUGCGUGGCCUCUUGUUGCCGGGUGUUUCAUCACCCGAAUUGCCACGAGGCUGCCUUUAGGGGAGGGAUCCGGGGGAAGGAAGGGGGCAAGGCCGGCGGAGGAGGGCCCGCAUCGCCUGUGGCCCGCGAUAUAAAAGUGGCCGAGCCCGUUUGUAAUAGUUGUAGCGUGUCCCACUAGUUUCAACUGCAGGGACUUCAAACUCGAUCCUCCACCCCACCCCCCCAAAGCCCGUCCCAGGACAAAAAAGAAAAAAGUAUUAUUUCUCUGUGGUAAUUUGCCAGCACGGACACGCCAUUUUUGCUCUUCCCUUCCUCACAAUUUUGCAGGAGUAGAGAAGCGUGAUGUUUCCCUGUAACCAGAAAAAAGGAGUACUUUUUGAAAGUGCUAAUUAGUUGUUGCUGGGGGAAGUCACUUUUUAUUAAAGCGGCUUGUCAGCGUGGUAUUAAAAGGCUGGAAAGAUUCAGUCCUGGUUUUUGAACAGUCUUCAGUAGGUGUAGAGGAAUGUUUCCAAAUUGUUUUGAUUCUUGAUUUAAUGGCUAUCCAUGGGAAAGUUAGGGCUUAAUAUUUAAGGUGUGUUGCCUGCCUUCCCCCAGAACAUUUGCUAGAUACGUAAUUGAAGUGUUUAUCGCAUUGUAAUAAAUGUAUAACCUUGCACCGCUGUGGCGUGUGAGAACAUUAUGUGUUCUCGCACAACCUUUUACUGGGAAGAUUGUCACCUUUUUGCACAGUCAUUGAAAAGUGUUUGUCACUUUGAAAUUUUUUGCAUACACGUAGGUAAUUUAUCAUUGCAUACAAAUACCUCCUCCGUGGGGGAUUCUUUCUGUACCGACAACUGUAAGUUUGUUUCCUUAAGUUGCUUUAUCUGCGCCGUUUUUUCUUAGGACCACUUGCUGUUUUCCUUGAUAGCCUCAAAGUGACCAAGCUUAUGCAGUUUCCGUAAAGCCAUGCCAAAUUCAAGGAAUCUUUUAUAGGCCUUCUCAAUCUGGGAUUCAUAGAAGCUCAGAUUGUCUUUUCUUUUUGUGUGUGCAUUUCUCAGGGGAAUUGUCAUCAGAUUUUUAGUAGUGCCUUUUUUUGUUUUUCCGUCUGUUCAAAAUGCCAGUUUACUACUAUAAGAUAAAUCUAGAAUGCUCCAAGUAGUUCCCAUUCCCCCAUGUGCCUAGCUCUGAAUGAUAAAUAACCUAUUGAGGGCCUACUGUGUGCCAGGCAUGCUUUACAUACGUUAUCUCAUUGAAGUCUUUACAACUUUUAUGAGGCAGAUGCUUUUUCCCAUUUCAUAGAAAAGGCUCUCUCUCUCUCAGGUUUUUAGUUGUCCACGUGGCCCCAGUUUGAAAAUGACAAGAUUAGAGUACCAUCCAGGUCUUUCCAAAUCCAAAACCUAUGUUAUAUUAUGUCCUAGGGACAUAGUGACAAAUACUCAGUCACUCCUUCCCUUUAAGGUUAAUGAGAGAAAAGCAGUAAGCAGACAGUGACCACAUAUCAGCACUUAGGAGGGGGCAUCUAAUCCAGUUUGGGAGAGUUGAACAAUAGGGGUCAAAGAAGCGUUCUUGAAAGAGGUGACCUCUAAGGUGAAUUCCGGAGGACAAGCAGGGGUUAACUAAGUAACAAGAAAAGAGCAAUGUGUGCAAAGAAGAUGAAAGGCAGAAUACCACUGGCCUUGCUGGGUUAGGGUGCAGAAGCUGAGGAGUCAUCGAUAAGUGUUUGGAUCUUAUUCAUGAGGGCACUGGGGAGUUAUACUGCCUCGCUGUAGUCUGUAAGUAUGAUGGCAACUGUAAGAGAAGGGGUUGAGCUUUCUUCUCCAAGGCUCUCAGCACGUAUUCUGAUUUAUCAUUUGAUUCAGGCAGACCCAGGGAGAGACAGAAAAGAGUGUUGUAGUAGGAGUCUUCUGAUCUGGAUCUGUUCUUGGUCUCACCAUUCUCAAAAAGCUGUGACUCCAUCCUCACCAUGCACCCCCCCACCCCCAGAUGUUUGUGGAUUCUCCUGUGGGAUCAGAGGGCACGUCUGUUGUAAUCGGAAAACUCCAGUUAUAGCAGCAGGGAUGGAUGAACAGGCUCUUUUAGGGCUAAAUCCAAAUGCUGAUUCAGACUUCAGACAAAGGGCCCUGGCCUAUUUUGAGCAGUUAAAGAUUUCCCCAGAUGCCUGGCAGGUGUGUGCAGAAGCUCUGGCACAGAGGACGUACAGUGAUGAUCACAUUAAGUUUUUCUGCUUUCAAGUACUAGAACAUCAAAUUAAGUACAAAUAUUCAGAACUAACUACCAUUCAACAACAGCUAAUUAGGGAGACCCUCAUAUCUUGGCUUCAAGCUCAGAUGCUGAAUCCCCAACCGGAGAAGACCUUUAUACGAAAUAAAGCAGCCCAAGUCUUCGCUUUGCUUUUUGUUACAGAGUAUCUCACUAAAUGGCCCAAGUUUUUUUUUGACAUUCUCUCAGUAGUGGACCUAAAUCCAAGGGGAGUAGAUCUGUACCUCCGAAUUCUCAUGGCUAUUGAUUCAGAGUUGGUGGAUCGUGAUGUGGUGCAUACAUCAGAGGAGGCUCGUAGGAAUACUCUCAUAAAAGAUACCAUGAGGGAGCAGUGCAUUCCAAACUUGGUGGAAUCAUGGUACCAAAUCCUACAAAACUAUCAGUAUACUAAUUCAGAAGUGACAUGUCAGUGCCUUGAAGUAGUUGGGGCUUAUGUCUCUUGGAUAGACUUAUCCCUUAUAGCCAAUGAUAGGUUUAUAAAUAUGCUGCUAGGUCAUAUGUCAAUAGAAGUUCUGCGGGAAGAAGCAUGUGAUUGUUUAUUUGAAAUUGUAAAUAAAGGAAUGGAUCCUGUUGAUAAAAUGAAACUAGUAGAAUCUUUGUGUCAAGUAUUACAGUCUGCUGGGUUUUUUAGCAUUGACCAGGAAGAAGAUGUUGACUUCCUGGCCAGAUUUUCUAAACUGGUAAAUGGAAUGGGACAGUCGUUGAUAGUUAGUUGGACUAAAUUAAUUAAGAAUGGGGAUAUCAAGCAUGCUCAAGAGGCACUACAAGCUAUUGAAACAAAGGUGGCUCUCAUGUUGCAGCUCCUAAUUCAUGAGGAUGAUGACAUCUCUUCUAACAUUAUUGGAUUUUGUUAUGAUUAUCUUCAUAUUUUGAAACAGCUUACCGUGCUCUCAGAUCAGCAAAAAGCUAAUGUAGAGGCAAUCAUGUUGGCCGUUAUGAAAAAAUUAACUUAUGAUGAGGAAUAUAACUUUGAAAAUGAGGGUGAAGAUGAAGCCAUGUUUGUAGAAUAUAGGAAACAACUGAAGUUAUUGUUGGAUAGGCUUGCUCAAGUUUCACCAGAGUUACUGCUGGCUUCUGUCCGCAGAGUUUUUAGUUCUACACUGCAGAAUUGGCAGACUACACGGUUUAUGGAAGUUGAAGUGGCAAUAAGAUUGCUGUAUAUGUUGGCAGAAGCUCUUCCAGUAUCUCAUGGUGCUCACUUCUCAGGUGAUGUUUCAAAAGCUAGUGCUUUGCAGGAUAUGAUGCGAACUCUGGUAACAUCAGGAGUUAGUUCCUAUCAGCACACAUCUGUGACAUUGGAGUUCUUCGAAACUGUUGUUAGAUACGAAAAGUUUUUCACAGUUGAACCUCAGCACAUUCCAUGUGUACUAAUGGCUUUCUUAGAUCACAGGGGUCUGCGGCACUCUAGUGCAAAAGUACGGAGCAGAACCGCUUACCUGUUUUCUAGAUUUGUCAAAUCUCUCAAUAAACAAAUGAAUCCUUUCAUUGAGGAUAUUCUAAAUAGAAUACAAGAUUUAUUAGAGCUUUCUCCACCUGAGAAUGGUUACCAGUCUUUGUUGAGCAGCGAUGAUCAGUUGUUUAUUUAUGAGACAGCUGGAGUGCUGGUUGUUAACAGUGAGUACCCAGCAGAACGGAAGCAGGCGUUAAUGAGGAAUCUGUUGACGCCACUCAUGGAGAAGUUUAAAAUUCUGUUAGAAAAGUUGAUAUUGGCGCAGGACGAAGAAAGGCAGGCAUCUCUUGCAGACUGUCUCAACCAUGCUGUUGGAUUUGCCAGUCGAACCAGCAAAGCUUUCAGCAACAAGCAGACUGUGAAACAAUGUGGCUGUUCCGAAGUUUAUCUGGACUGUUUACAGACCUUCUUGCCAGCCCUCAGUUGUCCCUUACAAAAGGAUAUUCUCAGAAGUGGAGUUCGCACUUUCCUUCAUCGCAUGAUUAUUUGCCUGGAGGAAGAAGUCCUUCCGUUCAUUCCAUCUGCUUCUGAACACAUGCUCAAAGAUUGUGAAGCAAAAGACCUCCAGGAAUUCAUUCCUCUUAUCAACCAGAUUACAGCCAAAUUUAAGAUACAGGUAUCCCCAUUCUUACAACAAAUGUUCAUGCCGCUUCUUCAUGCAAUUUUUGAAGUUUUGCUUCGGCCAGCAGAAGAAAAUGACCAGGCUGCUGCUUUAGAGAAGCAAAUGUUGCGGAGGAGUUACUUUGCUUUUCUGCAGACAGUCACAGGCAGUGGAAUGAGCGAAGUCAUAGCAAAUCAAGGUGCAGAGAAUGUAGAACGAGUGCUGAUUACUGUUAUUCAAGGAGCAGUCGAAUAUCCAGAUCCAAUUGCCCAGAAAACAUGUUUUAUCAUCCUUUCCAAGUUGGUAGAACUCUGGGGAGGUAAAGAUGGACCAGUGGGAUUUGCUGAUUUUGUUUAUAAGCACAUUGUCCCCGCAUGUUUCCUAGCACCUUUAAAACAAACCUUUGACCUGGCAGAUGCACAAACAGUAUUGGCUUUAUCUGAGUGUGCAGUGACACUGAAAACAAUUCAUCUCAAACGGGGCCCAGAAUGUGUUCAGUAUCUUCAACAAGAAUACCUGCCUUCCUUGCAGGUAGCUCCAGAGAUAAUUCAGGAGUUUUGUCAAGCGCUUCAGCAGCCUGAUGCUAAAGUUUUUAAAAACUACUUAAAGGUGUUUUUCCAGAGAGCAAAGCCCUAAGGACUGGAUCUCCCUGUGCCUACUUCAUGAUCAGGAAUUCCAGUUAAUAAUUUAUAAAGAAACAAAUUUUGUGUGCCAUUCACACGGGUCUUUUUAACACUGCUUUGAGCUUAUUGCAGUAUAUGUAUUGGGAUUUUUCUGUAAAAUGGGUAUAAUUUUCCCUAAAUUACAGGUAUGUGACAACUAAAGAAGUUGCUUGAAUGCCAGUUCAAAUUAUUCUAUAUAAAAAUGCUGUGAUAAGAUACAGCAGAGUUAUCCUAAUACCUUUUUGUUUUAACUUGAAACUUUAAGUCCUUUAUAAAGACCAUAACAGGAAAACAAUGUACUUUUUUAAAAUUACUGAAUAUAAAAUGUUUGAAAUUUUUAAUUUUCUUUUAAGUGUGCAGACUCAAAGUAUGGAAGGAAUACAACAAAUCGAAACUAAUUUUUUGUAGAUAGCCAUUACAUUUCUUUAAACUGUUUCAAUGCCAAUGUGUAUUCUACAAAAGAGAAUGGUUUCAUAAAUGAACUGAUUGAAGAGUAGGUGCUGGUGUUAUACAUUUUUUAUAUUAAAAAAAGCAAAUAAAUUUUACGUAGUGAAAUCUG